UGUGAGCAGACCCCAGAGUGCCCCCUGCCCCGCCAUGACUGGGCCACUGAAGAGGAAGUUUGACCAGCUGGAUGAGGACUCCUCCUCGCUCUGCUCCUCCUCCUCCUCCUCAUCCUCCUCGGGCCGUCCUUCUCGGUCCUGCUCUCCAAGCUCUUCAGCCUCCCCGGCCCGGGACUCCGAUGAGGAGGGCCCCUGGGAUCAGUUGCCCUUGCCUGACAGGGACUUCUCCGGCCCCCGGAGUUUCACCCCCCUGUCCAUCCUGAAGCGGGCUCCCCGGAAGCGGCCAGGCCGCGUCGCCUUCGAUGGCAUCACCGUCUUCUACUUUCCACGGUGCCAGGGCUUCACCAGCGUGCCCAGCCGUGGUGGCUGCACUCUGGGUAUGGCCCCUCGCCACAGCGCCUGCCGCCGCUUCUCCCUGGCUGAGUUCACCCAGGAGCAAGCCCGGGCACGGCGUGAGAAGCUGCGCCUACGCUUGAAGGAGGAGAAGCUGGAGGCGCUACGGUGGAAGGUAGGGAGACCCCUUGCAGAGACCGGGGUACCACUCACAGUGGACACCAUUGAUGACGCCUCCGUGGAAGAGGACUUGGCUGUGGCCGUGGCCGGCGGCCAGUUGGAGGAGAUGACCUUCCUACAGCCCUACCCGGCCCGGCGACGGCGGGCUCUGCUGCGGGCUGCCGGCGUGCGGAGGAUCGAUCGUGAGGAGAAGCGGGAGCUGCAGGCUCUGCGCCAGUCCCGGGAGGACUGUGGCUGUCGCUGUGAUCGGGUCUGUGACCCCGAGACCUGCAGCUGCAGUCUGGCGGGCAUCAAGUGCCAGAUGGACCACACCGCGUUCCCCUGCGGCUGCUGCAGGGAGGGCUGCGAGAACCCCAAGGGCCGCGUGGAAUUUAAUCAGGCCCGCGUGCAGACCCAUUUCCUCCACACGCUCACCCGCCUGCAGCUGGAGCAGGGGGCUGAGAGCCUGGGGGAGCUGGAGGCCUCGGGCCAGGGCGGCCCAGCCAGCCCCGGUGAGCAGGUCCUGGCCCCCGCUUUCCCACUGGCCAAGCCCCCCGGGAGCAGUGAGCUGGGAGACAACAGCUGUAGCAGUGACAUGACUGACUCCUCCACAGCUUCGGGCACGAGCGAGGCCCCGGGCAGCACCGCCCACCCAGCCCUGCCUGGUCCUGGCUUCCAGCCCGACGUGGACGACGACAGCCUGGCCCGGGUCCUGAGUCUCAGUGACUCGGACCUGGGCGGGGAGGAGGAGGAGGAGGAGGAGGACGGGGGGGUGGGGAACCUCGACAACCUCAGCUGCUUCCACCCAGCUGACAUCUUUGGGACUGGUGACCCUGGUGGCCUGGCCAGCUGGACCCAUGGCCAUUCCAGCUCUAGCCUCGCGUCGGGCAUCCUGGACGAAAACGCCAACCUGGAUGCCAGCUUCUUCCUCAACAGUGGCCUUGAAGGGCUGGGAGAAGGCAGCCUCCCCGGCACCUCGGUGCCGCCUAGCUCGGAUGCUGGCCAGAGCAACUCUGUGGACCUCAGCUUGUCUUCCUGCGACUCCUUCGAGCUGCUCCAGGCCCUGCCGGACUAUAGCCUCGGGCCUCACUACACCUCCCGGACGGCGUCAGACGGCCUGGACAACCUCGAGGCCCCCUCCUUCCCCUGGCCUGCCUUUUCUCCCCCGGGGGACGCUGGCGCUUGCUUCCUGGAGCCUGUCAUGGGCCUGCCGGACCCCGCUGCUGAGGCCCUGGUCCCCUUCAUAGACAGCCAGUUGUUUGAGGACACUGCCCCAGCGCCCCUGGUGGAGCCGGUGCCGGUGUGAUGACUAGGGUACCUUUUCGCGGCCCUGAGAGCCCUGUUGCUGCUUUGUUGUAAUUUGGGGGCUCCCUGAGGUCUGUAUGUUAAGGGUUUCCCGUUGGCUGGCUCAUCCAUGCGGGCACUCCUGAUUUUUGUGCAACACUCUGGAUUUGAUUUAUUUAUUUUUGUAACUUUCUGUGCUGAAGAGAGGGGGGGGACGGGGCUUUCCCUUUUGGCCCCCCGGCCCCCCCGCACCCCAUCCCCCAAAGCUCACACAGUCUCUCCUUCCACUUCCAUGGUGUGUGCCCAGAACAGGCGGAAAUAGGGCUCCCCUGGAGCUUUGCAGACCCCUUUUCGGUCUCAUAUGAUGUUCCUCAGCCCGAACAAGACGGGGCUGAAAUCAGCCACUUCUAAUGGCUUCUCCUGCCACCCUGAGCCCCAGACCCAUGGGUGGCUGUGUUUUCUGGACUGUGAAGACUAUAAUUUAUUUCCAUAAUUUAUUCAGAGACUAGGAGGCAUAGGCUUCUCCCCGCUGGCUGGUGGGCAGUGCUGGGGUUGGG